AAGGUGGAAAUAAUAGCUUUAACCUAUCUUUGCAUAAUAUAAAAGUCAACAUUGUGAAACAUUUUGAAUAUAAUUUUGAAUAAAACCUCAGGACAUAAAAAGAUUAGUUAUGGCUGUCCAACAGAAUUCUGAUGACCUAACAGAACCUUGUCCUAAACAUGGCAAGGAAGUCAUAAAAUUCUUCUGCAAUGACCAUCAAGUUAUACUCUGUCGUAUAUGUGUUUCCCUUAAACACAACGGUACUUGUAAAGUCAACUACAUACCAGAUAUUUCUGAGCAGGUCAUCAACAGCAAAGAAUAUCAAGACAUGCUGAAAGCCAUGGAGACUGCAUCCGACCAAUUUUAUAAGAGAACAGAAGACAUAAAGAAAAUGACAGCAAAAUCUGAUAGUUCCUUGACGGAAGUAUUGGCAGAUAUCAAGAAGUUCCGACAAGAAGUCAAUCACUGGUUGGAUGAAUUGGAGAAAGCAGUUGAAGAUGAGGCCAUUGCAAUUCAAGAACAGAAUGAAAAGAAUAUAAAGACAGUUGAAAGGGCAUGGAACGAUAUUUCCCAAUCUAUGAUGACAUCAUUUAAUUCUAUCCAAUACCUUAACACAUCUAAACAAGCCGACAAACUCUUCAUGGAACUCAAACUUGCAAACCAAAUGAUUGAAGAAACCAAGAGAAGCUUUCUUGAUCAAACAGAUUUUGAUUUAAGUCAGUUCAGCUUUAAGCCAAGCAAUACACUAUCAAGCCUGCUCAAAGAAGAAAAGUCGCUGGGUGAAAUAUCCGGCAAAAAUUUAAACAAAAAAGGUUUUCAAAACACUGCCCAGAUAAAAUCCAGACAUGCUUCACAUCAGGGAGAAAUCUGUGUGAAAACAUCUAAAGAUAAAUAUGCAUGCUGUAUAACUGGGAUGACUGUCUUUACUCCUGAUAUUCUUAUCAUCACUGAUGAAACAAAUAACGCUGUCAAACUGGUAGAUACCACAAGUCAAUCUGUCACUGAUCAAGUACACCUGGAGGAUCCGCCACAUGAUAUCACCAUGGUAACAGGUGCAGAACUUGCUGUCACACUGCCAGCAAUACAAACUAUUCAAUUUUUAUCAGUCUCUAAGAACAAACUGCAGAUGAAGCACAAUUUGAAGGUUGAUGGGAAAUGUCACGGUAUAAGCUGUUACCAAGGUAAACUGGUUGUGUCAUUCUGCAAUCCAGCUAAGUUCAUGAUUCUUGAUAGAAAUGGAACCGUACUGAAAACACUUCAGGAAGAAUCUAUUCUUAGCCAUCCUGUUUAUGUCAAAGCCAAUGAAAGUUCUAUCUAUGUGUCUGAUAGCAAAAUGAGAUCAGUUACAAGAUUUAACUGGCAAGGUGAGGUGACUGGUAGCUAUGGUGAUUUGGGUGAACCUAGAGGUAUGGCACUGUCAGACGAUGGUACUGUCUAUGCCUGUGACUGGCAGGGAGAUGAUUUAGUGGAGAUAUCAGAAGACUGUUUAACGGGAAAGGUUAUAAAGCAACAUCACAUGGGUCUAGAAGCUAUUUGCUCAUGCCCCGAGACAAGUACUGUAUACCUAAGCUGCUCCUCUGAUGAUGAAAGUUAUAACAACUUUCUUCAAGUCUACAAGCUGGAUUAGAUUCAUUAUUUUGGAAUAUUUGAUGAAGGAAAUGAACUUAUAAAUAAAUCAACAUCUAUUUAAUUUCAUAUAUAGACAUACAUCAUUAGAUAGAAAGAAGUUGUACCUUUUUUGCAUUUAACUAUUAAAUUUAGUAGGCGUACAUGUCUAUCACUUCUUUUCAUUCUGUUGAUUACUACUGAGCAUUAAAUUCUAUUUUGUGAACAUGUUUGUAAAUGGCGUUGCUCAAUUUGUCUAGUAGAAAUAGUUAACAUAUGUGAGAUAUUUUUUCUUGUAUAUUCUACCAUCU